CUGCCGAGCAUAACCGCGUCCAAAUCCUAACGAUAUUUGAACAUAAGUUUUAAAAUACAUCUGUAAUACGCGAACAGUCGUACGAACAACAGUGUGAUAUGGUUAUUAAAGAAAAGGUUGAUUUAGAAAAUGUAUUAUCAAAAUUUAAAUUAUCAGGGCGUUAUUAUGUGAAACUAUUUGCAUUGUUAAUAUUUUCCGGCGUUACAAAUGCGUUUUACAGUUUGAAUUAUGUGUUUGCCGCGUCCGAUGUGGGGUAUAGAUGCAAAUAUACAGAAUGCGAGAAUAACAACAGCUUUGCAUCAAGUCCUGUGAACAUCACCCUGAAUGAUGCCAAAUGUAGCAGAUACUUGCUCCUGGAUAAGACCGCUGGCUGCCACGCGGGCAACGUUGACACAUCACGGAUCGUGGGCUGCACAGACUGGGUGUAUGAGGAACCGCAGAGUUUCGUUGAAGAGCUAGGAUUAGAAUGUGAAGACUGGAAGCGAACCUUGGUUGGCACAGUCCAUAGUUUUGGCUACAUGAUCGGAUUGCUCAUCACUGGACCACUGGCAGAUAAAAUCGGUAGGAAGAAGCUGAUAAUCUUAUUUGGUAUCACGGCUGCUGCAAUGGGCAUCGGGAGAAGUCUGACUAACUCUUAUAUAGUAUACCUAACUCUUGAACUGGUGGAAGGGUUGUUUGGCGACACCUACUCUACUACGUUUACAUUAGGUGUAGAAAUGGUAACAAAAGAGAACAGAGUAAUGUUCAUUACUCUUAUGACGGCAAGUACGUCGCUAGCUGGGAUACUUAUGGCAGUCAUAGCCUGGUCCUUGCCUUACUGGAGACACUUCUUGAUGGCGAUCUACGCCCCAUCUCUAAUAUUUUUACUGUACAUAUAUUUCUUAGAUGAAAGCGUCAGAUGGUUGUUGAUAAAGGGAAAGAAAGAAAAGGCCAAAGUAAUAAUAUCGAACGCAGCUAAAGUCAGUAAAGUAGAAUUAAACAGUGACGCAGUGAGCAUUAAAUGCGAAUCGAACGACUCCAAAAACAAUUUAACGACUUCUCUCAAAAGCACAUUUGGGUCGAAAAAGAUCAUGCUCAGGUUCUUAGCGUGUGGCUGUUUUUGGAUUACUGGGAUUUUUAAUAAGUACGUCCUAUUAAUUAACUCAGUGGAGUUGGAAGGGAAUAAAUAUUUGAAUUUCGGUUUAGCCACUUUCUCGGAGCUGCCAGCGAGUCUCGCUUUGGCAUACGUUCUCAAGAGGUUCAGGAGGAAAAUGCCGCUCAUAUUCUCUUUCAUGCUUACCGGAGUGUUUUGUAUUGGACAGACCUUAGUCUCAAAAGGCAACCCAUGGCUAUCAACCUCCUUAUUCCUGGUCGGUAAAUUUAUGGCCACGAUAUCGUACGCGACGGUGUAUCUGUACACUUCGGAAAUCUUCCCCACCUACACAAGGAACACGAUGCACGCUCUCUGCUCUUCUGUGGGAAGGAUCGCAUCGUUGUUGGCGCCGCAGACUCCUUUGUUGAUUCGCUAUUGGUCUGGUCUUCCAUGCGUAGUGGUUGGCGGCCUGUCUCUAAUAACGAGCGUGGUCGUGAUGCUGAUGCCAGAAACAUCAGAUGACAUUCUGCCAGACACUGCGCGGCAAGCAGAAGCCAUAGGGAUUAAGACUUCUCCAACAAUGUCACCAAAAUGUGAAGUCACGUGUACAAAGUUUUGACAAAUACAGUUGAU